AUGGCGGACGAAAACCCACCUCCGGGUAACGAUCAAGGUGAUGGCCAGGCCGGGGGCCAAGCUCCGGUGCCAAUUGCGAUGCAAUCGGCGUUCACAGUCGAGCCUUUCGACCGUCACAAAAUGAAAUGGUCUCGCUGGGUGGAACGCUUGGAGGGAGCAUUUCUUUUGUUCGGCAUCCAAGAUGGCGCGAAGCGGCCGAUGCUGCUGCACUACAUGGGUGCGGAAACGUACGACGCCAUUUCGGAUAAACUUGCGCCGGUGAAGCCGCAGACGAAGACCUACCAGGAGAUCGUGGAACUGCUGGAGGAACACUUCAACCCGGAGCCCCUUGAAAUCCUCGAGAAUUUUCGCUUCAAGUCUCGGAAGCAGUGCGACGAACGUGCGGAGGAAUCAGUUUCUGAUUACCUCACGGCGUUGAGGAAGUUGGCCAUAACCUGCAAUUUUGGCAACUACCUGGACACAGCGCUACGGAACCAGUUCGUCUUUGGGAUCAAGGACCGGGGAAUCCAGUCGCGGCUGCUGGAAGUGCGCGGCCUGACUCUGGCCCGAGCUCGUGAUAUUGCCGUGUCAAUGGAGGCGUCGGCAAAGGGUGGACAGGAGAUCCACGCGCGUCAGAGUCGGCCGGAGAUGAAUCUGGUGGAGCAUCCGCCGACAAAACCGGCGAAGGGAAAGGCGUACAAAAAGAGUGCGGGCAAGAAGAGCGAGGAGAAGAAAACCUGCUACCGCUGCGGAAGUGCGGAGCAUUUCGCGAACGAGUGCAAGCACGCCCACACCGUCUGCAACUUCUGCAAGGUUAAGGGUCACCUGCAGAGUGUGUGCCAGAAGAAAAGUGCUGGCCAGAAGGGCCGAAGAAGUGAUGCUCACCAGGUGGAGGAGAGUGCGGGCGCAGAUAGAAAGUGCAGAGAAAAAGUGCUAGUGGAGGAGAUCUGUGGAGUGUCCGACGCUGCCGAUUUCAACAACAAAGUGGACAAAUUCUGGUUGGAACUGUCCGUGAACAGUGCGAAAGUGAAGUUUGAAAUCGACAGCGGCUCUCCGGUUACGGUUAUGAGUGUGUGGGACCAAGAAAAGUACUUUCCCACGGUGGAAUUGAGUUCCCCGGACACGGGCCUCGUGAGCUACAGCGGAAACGCAAUCGAACUGUGCGGGAUGUGUGCCGUCCGGGUGGACUACGGUGGUGAAAGCCAUGAACUGCUGCUGUAUGUUGCGAAGAACGAAAAGCACCCUCUGCUGGGUCGAAGUUGGAUGAAAGUGCUAAAAAUCGACGUGGUCGAGUUCUACAAUAACGUCCACACAGUGGUUGAAAACAGCGCCGCCGCGGUGCAGACGCUCAUUGAGCGCUACGGAAGUGUCUGUGAGAAGUCGAUGGGGAAGAUCGAAGGCCUUACAGCGAAGUUGCAGCUAAAACCGGAUGCGCGUCCGGUGUACCUGCGUGCGCGGCCGGUCCCUUUCUCGAUCAAGGAGGCGGUCGAAAAGGAGAUCAAGGGCCUGGUGGAAAGCGGUGUGCUGGUGAAGGUGAACCACAGUGCGUGGGCCACGCCGGUCGUCCCAGUGAUGAAGUUGAACAACCGAGUGCGACUUUGCGGGAACUACAAGAUCACUGUUAACCCGAACCUGGUGGUCGAUGAUCAUCCCCUGCCAACAGUGGAAGAGCUGUUCGCAAACGUGGCCGGCGGGGACAAGUUCACGAAAAUUGAUCUCUCGCAAGCCUACCUGCAGCUGGAGGUCGACCCGGAGGAUCAGGAGAUUCUCACGCUGAGCACGCAUCUGGGACUGUUCAGGCCGACAAGGCUGAUGUACGGCGUCAGCCCGGCGCCGGCGAUCUGGCAACGCUUGAUGGAGGAGGUGCUGAACGGGAUUCCAGGUGUGACCGUCUUCCUAGACGACAUCCGCAUUACGGGACCGAACGAUCGGGUCCACCUUGAGCGCCUCGAGGAGGUGCUGAAACGACUGAGCCAGUACAACAUGCGGAUCAACCUGGAGAAGUGCCAGUUCUUCGCCGACCGAAUCGAGUACUGUGGCUACUUGAUUGACCGCGACGGAAUCCACAAGGUGCGGAAGAAGAUCGAUGCAGUGCAAGACAUGCCCGUGCCGGAGAACAAGGAUCAAGUCCGUUCGUUCGUUGGAUUGGUCAAUUAUUACGGUCGGUUCUUCCCACAGCUGAGCACGACCAUCUACCCGUUGAACUGUCUGCUGCGGAACGACGUGCCGUUCCGCUGGACGAAGGAGUGCGACGAAGCGUUCAAGAAAGUGAAGGACGAGAUGCAGUCAGACCGCUUCUUGGUGCACUACAGUACGGAGUUGCCACUGGUCCUGGCAACAGACGCUUCGCCGUACGGGGUCGGUGCAGUACUAAGCCACAUCAUGCCAGACGGUACAGAACGCCCGAUCAUGUACGCGUCGAAGACGCUGAACGAGACGCAGCGCAGGUACAAGCAGAUCGAUCGUGAGGCGUACGCGAUCAUCUUCGGAACACAAAAGUUCUACCAGUACCUGUACGGACGAAAGUUCUGGCUUGUCACGGACAACGAGCCAGUGAAGCAGAUUUUCUCGGAGACCAAGGGUCUGCCGGCGAUGUCAGCGUUACGGAUGCAGCACUACGCUGCGUACCUUGCUUCGUUCCGGUACGAGAUCAAGUUCCGUCCGACGAGGGAGCACUACAACGCUGACGCCUUUUCUCGAUUGCCGGUCAGCGCACAAACACCCGAGUACGUCGUCGAGGAAGUUGACUUGCUGGAGGUCAACAUGAUCGAGACGCUGCCGCUGACGGUCGGAGAUUUGGCGAAGUCGACUGCUGCGGAUCCGACAGUGAAGGUGCUGCUGCAAGGUCUCAAGAACGGGAAAACAGUCGAAGCACGUGAGCGUUUUGGUAUCGACCAGAACGAGUUUGCGCUACAACAAGGGUGCAUCAUGCGCGGAAUCCGGGUGUACGUCCCACCAGAGCUGCGGGCGAACGUGCUCGCGGAGCUGCACUCUACACACUUUGGGGGCACACGCUUGAAGUCGCUCGCCAGAGGAUACGUGUGGUGGGAGCGGAUCGAUAAGGACAUCGAGGAGCUGAUCCGGAACUGCGCGGCCUGUCAGGUGACACGGGCCGAUCCUGCGAAAGUGCCUCUACACUGCUGGGAAACGCCGAAGGGACCAUUCGACAGAGUGCACGUGGAUUUCGCUGGACCAUUUAUGGGUACGUACUUCAUCGUAUUUGUUGACGCGUACUCCAAGUGA